AUCGUUUUGUAAUGUCUUGCGCCAGUAAGAGUCUCGUGAUGGGUUCUGUAAUCGGUUAGUAAUGUCUGGCAGCAUGGCGAACUUCACGGACGCGACAUCACUGCAGCAGUUUGAGGAAUUUCUAAAACAUUACAGCAAGUCCCUCACAGUUGUCCAUUUCCAUGCACCAUGGGCUCCGCAGUGCUCCCAGAUGAACGAUGUGAUGGCCGAGUUAGCCAAGGAGCACAAACACACCAUGUUUUUGAAACUGGAGGCAGAGGCAGUCCCUGAGGUCUCUGAGAAAUAUGAGAUCGCUUCAGUUCCCACCUUCCUCUUCUUCAAGGGCUGUAAGAAGAUUGACAAGUUGGAUGGUGCACAUGCCCCUGAGCUGACCAAUAAGGUGCAACGGUUGGGGUCCAGUGGGGGCGGGGCUGCCGGGACAGGGGACAUCCCAAAAGAGGAUCUUAACGAGAGACUGAAAAGGCUGAUCAACGCUGCACCCUGUAUGCUCUUCAUGAAGGGGUCGCCCCAGGAGCCUCGCUGCGGUUUUAGUCGUCAGAUUGUUCAGAUCUUGAAGGACCACAACAUUCAGUACAGCAGUUUUGACAUCCUCUCGGAUGAAGAGGUCAGACAGGGACUCAAGACCUUCUCCAACUGGCCCACCUUUCCGCAGAUCUAUGUCAGCGGAGAUCUCAUCGGGGGACUGGACAUCUUAAAGGAGCUGGUGGAUUCUGGUGAGCUUGAGAAUACUUUCCCCAAAACAGUCUCGCUGGAACAUAGGUUGAAGUCACUAAUCAAUAAAGCACCCAUCGUGCUAUUCAUGAAAGGCAAUAAAGAGACUGCGAAAUGUGGAUUCAGCCGUCAGAUAAUUGAAAUAAUGAACAGCACAGGGGUGGAGUAUGACACAUUUGAUAUACUGGAAAAUGAAGAGGUAAGGCAAGGAUUAAAGGCAUUCUCCAACUGGCCGACGUACCCACAGCUGUAUGUUAAAGGAGAUCUAAUUGGAGGACUGGACAUUGUUAAGGAGCUGAAAGAGAAUGGUGAGCUGGUGUCCGUUUUGAAGGGGGAGAACUAAACCGUUCCAGCACUGAAGAACACAAGAAUUACAUCAUUGAUAUACUUGUUACCUGCAUAUAUUUAACCCUGGAUCUGAGGUCUUAUUCAAUCCAAGUUAGCCUUUUAUUUAGAGAAAAAUUGUCCAAAACCCAUUCAUACAAUGCUGACCAUUAAAAUUAAAUAAAGCCAAUUGUGUUUCAAUCUGUUUUAUGUUGGACUGACAUAUUUAAGGGCCUGUUUACGUCUUGAUUGAUCCGAUCAUAAGAGGUCAUCUGUGACAGAUUGCCGAUUAUCCUGUGACCACCUGUGAUUAUGUGACGUACUAAUUUAUUGUUACUGCACGCUUAUAAAGUAUCAAAAAAUGUGCACUCUUUUGCUCCCAAAUACAGUAUAUACAUUUUAAUCUGACAUGGAAAUGUUUUACGCUAAUUAUUUCUUCUUUAAUUGUACUUCAGAUGUGCCUCAAUUGAUCUGUUUUGCUUCAUGUUUAUUUCAUGCAUGCUGAAGAUAUUCUGAUAAGUCUUGAACUUGAAUGCGUUUUUAUUUUUUAUGAUUUUCUGUUUAAGCUGUAUGUAACAGACAAAUGUUAAAAACCCUAGUAAUGAUGCAACGAUUGUGCGUGUAUAGGGGUUCUUUGCUGGAAUGCAUGAGGACACUGGGAUUUACUCUACAAAUGUGAUUUGGGCACAUGCAUUUCCAACUACCUCCAAAUGUGGUUUUAAUGAUCAGAUCAAAACUGCUCUGUCCACUUAUGAUCGGUUAACCUAAGACGGAUGUUAAUACUAGGUCAAGACCACCUAAUGUAAGUCACAUAAUCGACAUAAUUGCAUUCCCUCCUUUUUAAUUUAUCUGUCAAUUAAAUAGUUUGCAUGUAAAAGUAUUCAAUGUGGAUUUGCACAGUUCUUUGCUGCUUUGAGUUAUCCUGAAUAUGUGACUUAAUGAGGACCGUAAUGAUAGAUCUUCAUUCUUGAUCACGUCCACUCGCUUUAAUGCGCUCUUCAGAUAUAAAGAUUAUUCUGAGCUCUUGCGGACAGGAAGAAGUUACUCAUCAUGAUUAAAGAGACAUAAAUAUUAAUCAGCCGUCAUUGAUUUUGGGGGAGUAACCCACACCUAUUCUGG